AUGUGGAAUGGUCAAUUGUCUUUGUAUAUAGUGGAGGCGACAUUUGCUGAGAUUGGAACGUAUGAGUGUCAUGUCGCCCAGACAGGAACAAACAACUCUAAGGCGGCCAUUUUGAAGACCAAGCCAAUCAACACUCUCAAUCUGACAAUGGAACCAAUGAAAGUUUUCGCUGCACCUGGAGAAAUUGCCAUUCUGCCAUGCGAGGUUCCAAAUAAGGAGUCCAUUGGAGCUGUGAUGUGGACCAGAUCUGUCUUGAAUCUAGAAAAAGAACUUUUUUACCAGAGCAAUGCAUCUGAUCCAAGCACUCAGCCGCCACAUUAUGCGAACCGUGUACGUCUCAUGUAUACAGACAUGCAAAAAGGGAAAUUGACAUUGUUUCUGUAUGGCACGACAUUUGAUGAUGAUGGAACGUACGAGUGUCAUGUCACCCAGGUAGGAACAAACAACUCUAAGGCAGCCAUUUUAAAGACUACGCCCAUCAAAAGCAUCAAGCUGACAAUAGUACCAGUACCAGAAGGGUUUGAGAUUGACCAGAGAUUGGAAGCGUGUGAUCCAGCUACAUUUUUUCAGCCACUUGUUUUUGCUAUGGGAGCUACUGUUGUCAUUAUAGGUAUUUUGAAAUAUUGUGUUUGCUGGCAUAAGGCAGCUCCAUGCAUAGCCAAACUGCUUAUUAAAGAAUAAUUUUUUUCUUCAAACAUUUUGAACUUCUUCAGUGUUAGGUUUAGUUAUUAAUGUAUUUCUGUUCAUGUAAUAUUGUUUAACAGUUUGUUAAAAUUAACUGUAAAGAGCCCAGGUGGUAUGUUAUAUGUUUUGUGAGGGUUUUUUUGGUCAAACAUUGAGGGUUGGCUGUGAUGUAGGAUUUAGGAUGGUGGGAAAGAAAGACAGCAGGCUGAGCUGAAGGUCAGAGAGUUGGAGAUGUUAAGAUUUUGACUAUGAGAGACCAGAAUGAAAAAAAAAAAAUAGAAAUUAGUACAUUAGAGGAACAGGCAAGGCUGAGCAGUUCAGAGACAAAAAAAAAAAGCAAAGUGGAAACAGUGGAGAUACAAUGUUUAUACUGGACAAAUGCUUUUGAAGAUGGAGGAAGACCACAAAGAAGAUUUGUGGAUUGAGUGAAGAAGGAUAGCAAGAGUGCUAGUGUAAUGAGGAGGAUGCAAGGGAUAGGAUGAGAAACAGGUAGAUGAUCCAAAAAUAAAUUUGCCUUGCCACAUGUAGUGUUUCCUG